GAAUCGAAAGAGUGGUGCCUCCGUGCCGACCGAGCAGAGCCGCUGUAUGUCGUGGAUGCCUUGAUCGAGCGAGGGUGGCGGUGAUGUUUUUGGGUUUGCAAUGGUUUUGGUUUCGUGAUGCGUCCAGCUUGAAGUGCCGGGAAUCGAACGAGUCACAGUGGCGUCGUGAUGCGUCCAGCUUUGAGUGCCGGGAUCGAACGAGCGUGGUGGUGAUGUUUUUGUGGGUUUGCUUGGAUUGGUUUCGUGAUGCGGCCGGCGAUGAUUGCCGGGAUCGAACGAGGGUGGCAGUGGUUCUGCUGGGUUGGAAAGAUGGUCCAGUUUUUUUGCGGAUUUUGAUUUUCCGGAGGUCGAACUCGCUUCCUCACAAAAGAGUGUGAUGUUCGUCAAAAGGAGGUGCCGUGAGCGAGUGACAACUGGUAUCCCCAGCAGUGUGAUCGAGACAUGGUCGUCAAUUUGUUUUCGCAGUUUUCCUCCGAUUUUUCUGCGGGUCGUCACUUUUGUUUCGCAGUUUUCCUCCGAUUUCUCUGCGGGUCGUCAAUUUGGUUUCGCAGUUUUCCUCCGAUUUUUCUGCGGGUCGUCACUUUGGUUUCGCAGUUUUCCUCCGAUUUCUCUGCGGGUCGUCACUUUGUUUUCCCAGUUUUUUCCGAUUUCUCUGGGUGGCAUGCGGGAGAGUCACUCCCUACAUGCAGCUCAGCUUGGCGAGGCCGCGCUUGAGCUUUUGGAACUGUGGUGCGAUCUCGUCAGCGAUGGGUGCCAUGGAGGUGUGAUGAGAGAGCGUGAAGAGCGCAGAGUUGAGGAGAAGAAAGGCGGAGAUGGUGCAGAUGGCCAGGCAGAUUGCGACGGGGUUGGGCAAGGUGCGAUGUGGGCGCAGAUUGCGACGAGGCCGGCAAAAUGUAGGAGGUCGGGCAAGGUGCGACUGGAACGCAAUUGCGAUGAGGCCGGCAAAAUGCGAUGGAAGCGCAGAUUGCGGCGAAGUCGAGCAGAUUGCGACCGUGCAGAUUGCGACGAGGCCAGGCGGCGGAGGUGGCGGAUCUCAGCGGCGGUGCAGAAUGUGAAGGAAAUGGAGACUUGGAGAUGAGAUGAAAUUGCCACAAGGUAAGGCGGAGAGCAUGAAGGCAUAUGAUGAGAGUGGCGAGAGCAGAGUACAAAAGGAACUCUGGUCA